AGAGAAUUGUCAGAGUAGAAGACUUCUUCUGAGGUUUUUAUUUUUUAUUUUUUUGUCAAUUUAGGAUGAUAAAUAUUCAUGUUGUUCAGAUUCUUCUAAUAAGUCUUUUGUGGAAUUCUGAUUGUCAAAUUAUUCCCAGGAUUGAAGAAUGUGGACUUUCAUGUUCUCAGGGGAUUCAUUGUAAAAGCAAACCUUCCAGUGGCAUUUUUAACAGCUUCUGCCAUGAUGCUCCUACAUCUUUAUCUUCUACGAUACUGAAAAGCAUGAAGAUCUCAACAGUGAUUAAAUGUGUCCAAGGAAGCCCAUGCUCUCUUCAUUUAAACAUUAAAGGAUCUCUGAGUCUGGAUGAAAAUAUUCGUGGGCUGGAAAUAUGUUCUCUUUCACUGGACACACAGCAAUCUCAGUGCACAAAUGUGAGAUUUGCCAGGAAAAAAAGCAAGAUGCUUAAUGGAAAGAAGGUGCAGGUACAAUUUAAUUGCUUUGAAGUCAAUGUAGCACAGCACAUCUACGUGACCAUGAAAACAGUACCAAAUUACUGUGACAUCAAGAUGAGUCAAGAAUACUAUGUUGAAGAUUGCAAAAACAGUGAUGUGGGAAAAUAUAUUCCAGCUUGUUUAGCUGGAAAGUUAGAUUAUAAUGUAGAAAGGGCAAGGAAAAUCAUAUCAGUGAAUGUAUCCAACUUUCUUCGAGAUCAAGAUUAUUAUGUUCGUUUGUGUCACAAAUGGUUUACUUGUGAAGAUGUGGGACAAUUUGCUGUGAUAAAAGGGAAGGACACCUUAAAAUCAGUUUCUCUGAAAUAUUCUCAGCUACUUCCUUGUCUUUGCAUUGAGGGUUGGCUGGCAGUUCCAGAUGCAAGGAGAAUACAACUUUGUCCCUUUGAAAAUGAUACAAAGGUGCUAUGGGAUAAUAUUGUUUAUAAUCCAGCGACACAAACCCUAGCUUGGGAACCAGCCUGUCCUGUGCUUGUCACGGUUAACCUAUGCAGAUUAACGAAGUCUAAUGACCACUGUGAAGAUAUACAAAACUCUUCCAAAUAUUUUCCUGAGAAGGUUAAAUACUCUCGUGUAGACACUCACCCGAGACUUUGCAUGAAGUUUACAACCAAGCAAGGCUCUUGGGUUAAAUGUCCAUUCGCUCAUGGAGAAUUUCCAGCUUGGAAAAUGAGAACUGCUGCAGUUGCAGACCAGAUACAAGUUUUCUUCACGUCCCAAACCAAGGCACACUUCUCAGUGCUUGUGUGUAACAAGACGCAGCUGGCCUCAUGUGACUCUCUUGGGAUGCACUAUUCAGUCUCUGCGGGUGAUUCUGUAUCAAUCACUAUGUCACAGGAAAUGUGUGUGUCAACAAUUUGCAUUCAGGGCUGGAGGACAGAUGUAGAUUAUUCAGUUCCACUGCAGAUCUGUGAUAUCCACUGUGGUUUUCAUGGACAGACAUAUGGUAAUGGAAGCCCCGCAAAGGCCAUGACACACAGAAUGAAGAGUAUGCAUUCCUUGCACUGAAUUUAACAACACACUUUCAAUAUCCUUAGUGGCUUUGCAACAUCAAGUUGUAUUUUGGUGUAACUUGCAAACUGGUAUCUCUCACUUUAAUAAAUUCUCCAAAUUACUGUGGGAUUAUUCCAAUGGAUGAAGAAUUUAGCAAGUUAGGCCUAUUUUAAUCUGUCCAAAAGAAGCUGGAUUAUGAUUCCUCAUUUCCCAGUAUUUCAAAACAAACUGUGUCUUAGAUCAUGUAGUUAGAGAACCCUUAGAUCGUGUAGUUAGAGGAUCAGGUUCACAUUUUCCUUUGAAAUUGAUGUUUUUGAUAUAAUAUACUAUAAAUAAAUACUUUCACAGUACCUCAUGUACCUAUGGAACAAGAAUUUCAGAUGUUCGUAUUUGUAACUUCCCUUUUUAAACCAUAAGCAAAAUGUUUUUUUUUUUUUUGGGAAAUGAAGAAUAGAGGAAGUUUUCUCAUCUUUGGUACAUUGUCUUUCUUUGUAAUUUCCUUUAUUUUCUGAUGCCAUUCAAAUGACCUCACCGUGACAGACCAUAUUCCUUAAAUAUAUCUAACUGCUUUCUGUGUUUGCAUUUGUAUUUGAAUUGGAGAUGACUUUCCCAUUUGUCUGAGGAGGUACAUGUCUUUGGUUUGAUAGCUAUUUAAAAUUGUCAUGUGAAAAUGCAGCCUACCUAGAAGGAAACAGUUUGGUGGAAGUAAUUGAAGUAUUUUUUCCCCAUUAUAUCAGUAUUUAUACUUAACAGUUGAGAAUAAAAUUACAGACUGUACUGAUUAUCAAACAUUUGGGGUUUAUUUCAAUGAAUACUCCUGUCAAACAUACUUACUUCCUGUUGUGUAACAAGGAAAUAAAGUCAAUUAAAAGAUGAUUAAUAACAAAUCCUGAAACCAUGUGGAAUUGCUCAUGUGGGAUCAGGAAGAUGGGUGGGGAGCAAGUGUCUGGAAGGAGAAGCUGAUCAAUAAAAAAUAUUUUCCACCUGAA